GGAGAUCGAGCAUGAGCGGCGGGGCGGGCUGUGGCGUGUGAGGGGCCGGGCGGGGUCCGCUCCCUGAGGAGCGAUGGGGCCCGGCAGUCGGGGCAGGGGCCGCGGGGCAGAGGUUGCAGGGCGGCCCUGGAGCGGCGGGGGCUGUGCACUGCCCGGCGGCCCCGCGGCUCGGUGGCGGGCCCCGCGUCGCCAUCUCCUGCCGCUGCUAUUGCUGCUCCUGCUGGCCGCGGGGGCCGAGAGCCAGGCGAGCCCCAGCUCCGACCCGCUUGGCGUGAGCUCCCCCGCAGGCCCCGGCCUCAGCCUCUACAUGAGCGAGGAGGAGGUGCGCAGGCUGAUCGGUCUUGAUGCAGAGCUAUAUUAUGUGAGGAAUGAUCUUAUUAAUCACUACGCAUUGUCCUUCAAUCUGUUAAUACCCAGUGAGACCAAUAGUCUUCAUUUCAGUUGGCAUGCUAAAUCCAAGGUUGAAUAUAAACUGGGAUUUCAGGUAGAUAAUGCAAUGGCUAUAGAUAUGCCUCAGACUAAUAUUUCUGUACAAGGAGAAGUCCCUCGUGCUUUAUCAGUGUUUCGUGUUGAACUCUCCUGCACAGGCAGACUAGAUUCUGAGGUUACAAUAUUAAUGCAGCUCAACUUAACAAUAAAUUCCUCAAAAAAUAUCACAGUCUUAAAUUUCAAACGAAGGAAAAUGUGCUACAAAAAAUUUGAACAAGAAGUAAAAACUCCAACGUCUGACAAAAACAGCAGCAAAGCUAUUUUUGAUCCUGUAAAUGCCGCUCCCACCACUUCUACCCGUGUGUUUUAUAUCAGUGUAGGGGUUUGCUGUGCUGUUAUAUUCCUGGUGGCAAUAAUAUUAGCUGUCUUGCAUCUUCAUAGUAUGAAAAGAAUAGAGUUGGAUGACAGCAGUAGUGACAGCAGCAGCUCACAAGGUUUAUCUCAGCCCUCUACACAGACGACACAGUACCUGAGAGCUGACACCCCUAACAAUGCCACACCAGUAACCAGCUCCUCAGGUUAUCCUACAUUACGUAUAGAGAAGAAUGAUCUUAAAAGCGUCACCUUGAUGGAGGCAAAAGCUAAAGUGAAGGACAUAGCAAUCUCCAGAGAGAGGAUAACUCUAAAAGAUGUACUCCAAGAAGGCACCUUUGGACGCAUUUUCCAUGGAAUUUUAAUAGAGGAAAAAGACCCCAGUAAAGAGAAACAAGUUUUUGUCAAAACAGUCAAAGAUCAAGCCUCAGAAGUGCAAGUGACAAUGAUGCUGACAGAAAGCUGUAAACUCCGAGGCCUUCAUCACAGGAACCUGCUCCCUAUCACCCAUGUCAGUAUAGAAGAUGGGGAGAAACCCAUGGUGCUGCUGCCUUUCAUGAACUGGGGGAACCUUAAGCUGUUCCUGCGCCAGUGCAAGUUAGUAGAGGCCAACAAUCCUCAGGCAAUUUCCCAGCAGGAUCUUGUUCAUAUGGCUAUUCAGAUUGCCUGUGGAAUGAGUUAUUUAGCCAGAAGGGAGGUCAUUCACAAAGACCUGGCUGCUAGAAACUGUGUCAUUGAUGAUGCACUUCAGGUCAAGAUUACAGACAAUGCGCUAUCCCGAGACCUGUUCCCCAUGGACUAUCAUUGUCUGGGAGAUAAUGAAAACAGGCCAGUGCGGUGGAUGGCUCUUGAAAGCUUGGUUAACAAUGAAUUUUCCAGUGCUAGUGAUGUGUGGGCAUUUGGAGUAACACUGUGGGAGCUGAUGACUUUGGGGCAGACUCCGUAUGUGGAUAUUGACCCUUUUGAGAUGGCUGCAUAUCUAAAGGAUGGAUACAGAAUAGCUCAGCCAAUCAACUGCCCUGAUGAACUGUUUGCUGUGAUGGCCUGUUGUUGGGCCCUAGAUCCUGAGGAAAGACCCAAAUUCCAGCAGCUAGUGCAAUGUCUAACGGAAUUCCAUGCAGCUCUGGGAGCCUAUGUCUGAAGCUUCAAGCAUGGAUUCCAUAUGCUACUUGGGAAGGGACAGUGCAUACACGUCCAGCGCCAUGCAUCACUUGGACCUACUCACGCACUACGUGUAUAAAGCAACGCCAACGGGAGAAAGCACUUCUUCCAAAACACUGUGCCUUAGAAUGCUUUUGUAGCCUGACUUUUUUGUAAGACCUCUUGAUGUUGAGUAUUUUCUAGAUAUCACUUUUGCUAAGUUAAAUUGAGACCGUUUUAUUUGCCACCAGGUUUUCUAAAAUAUUAGUGAUAGUGAACUUGAACACAAGAGUUGGACGGACUUUUGCACUGUUACAACAGACACAGAGUUGGUUUUUUAAAGGUUAUUUUAGAGCUGGUAGGAAAAGGGGGAAAUUAUGCAAACAACAUUGCAGAGACUUUUCCCUUUUAGAAACUGAAAUUUUCUGACCAGCUCUAGUGCUUGAUCUUGUAUUUAUCUGGAAUAGCUUUUUAGUAUCAACUGCUUUUCUUUUGAGACGAUGGCACAAAAACAUUGGGUCCAUAAGUGGCAUCUUAUUUUUUAACCCAUUCUUCAUCAACGGUUCUUGGAAAAGCUGGUCUUCAAGAUGCAAUAUCACCUUUCUAA